AUGCCCCCUGAGCGAACUUGGGCCGGAUCAAAGCGCCCCCACAAAGGCAAGAGCGCGCCAUGCACUCGGAAGCGUCGGAAAACAGAAAGCCCUGAUAAGAGCGGCGAAGAGGUGCCUCCGGAAGUGAAGGCCAUGCUGAAAGCCGUUCAUCAGUUCGGACUCGUAGGCGGCGAGGACUACGACUCCAAGGAGGAGCGUCUACAACAGCUCUUGGAUCGCUUGCCAGCGGAUUCCGGUCCGGCGAUCGUCUUUGCAAACACAGCUUCCCAAGCGCAGGCUGCAUCCGUCGUUGAUCGGAGUCGACGGCAGGCGCCAGAGAACAUUUGUGCAUGA